UCCUUAUGUUGAGUUCCGUCCGGCCACCGAUGGCCAAUGCGCUCCGCAUAAAGCUGUGCUAAGGAAUGCAAUGUAGGUACAGGACGCCACUCUCUCUGCCACCCAUCGCGAUGCAUUGUGAGUGUCAUCCUUGCAAAAAUGACGGCACAAGUGCACACAAUCCGCGAUCUCGCACGAGAUUCGCGAAUUCUCCCACUCGCUCUCUAUGCCACUCUCUCUGGGUCAGGCGCGUCGCGGCGCUGCCUCUGCCUGUUGGGGCUGGUGCUGGGAUGCGUUGGACGGUUGGACGAGAGGCUCCAAAACAACGAACUGCUGCGGUGAUGCCCAUCAUAUACUAAAAUAGACGACAACACAGAAAACAGUUUGUAAUGUACUCUUUAUCCGUUCGGUCGCCGGUCUCUCCGCAGAAACAUUAUUAUUUUGUUCACCAAUAAAAUGUGCGCCAACCAACAUUGCAUUGCAACAAGCAGAAGGAAAAACAAGGCAUAGGCAAACGUUGGGAUGCUGAAUUUUCCUUGCAUUUUCUUUUCGUUUUGAGUGUUUGAGAUUUUUCCUGCCCCGUGUCAUCCCGUCGUAGACGAGUGUUUUUCGCGUUCUGUUUUUCCAACGCGUCGCGACAGAUGCGGACAAAGCGCUUUUCCACCACCGAGAAUAAAUAAUACAAGAAUGAGGUGGAUUUGGUUCUGAAUUGUGAAAAAAAGGAGGAAAAACUCGACGGAAAAGUGAUUUUCUUUUGUUCGACAGAGAACGGAUUUUCUUUAUGACUUUUUGAGGCCAACGGGAGAAGAACGAAAUCCAUCGGGGUCAUGAGUGCAAUUGACCAAGAUGACGAUAUGUGUUGUCUUGAGAAAUCAUGAAAAAUUCUGACAAAAGGAUAAUGAUCUAGAAAGAGAAGUUGAUCAGGACUUCUGGCACUUUUCUGCAUCAAAAGCUUCAUAAAAACAAACUCGUUAUUGAUGGCUUUAUACAAAAAUCACAAAAGGAUUAUUCAUGAGAGCUGCAUUUUAUGGAUGCUGUUCACUUUGGUACCCAAAUCAUAAGGUGGAAUUAACAAAACUACUAAAAUGUGCAGUGAAAUUUUACAAACCGAACAAUCUACACUAACAACUAAACCUCCAAGAUAAAAAAAAUCAUCAAAAAUGGAUUGAAGUUUUCACAGCAAGUGCAUUCCAUCCAAAACAGGAGCCAUAUCAAUUCCAUACUACGCAGAAGCUACACCAAAAAAUGUGAAGAAAAUCUCUGUCCUCAUUCGCCACCACUUUUUAUUUCUAGUUUGUUGCUUUUGGAAAUCACGGAACUACUAAAAAGUGAAAGAUUCAUCUGUUCGGAUAUUCUUAAGUUUGUAAAGUGAACCAUUUCUGCGAGAGAAACAAAAUUGACCAUUUGGAACAAAACGAAAAAUGUGUAAUUAUUACUCCCUAUAAGUUGUAAAUAUGUAUGAAGAACAAGUGUAAAUGUGUUGAUAAAAAAAAAAUAAUCGCAAAAUACCCAAAAAUAAAACUUUGGACCCAUAACUAAACAUUCGGAUCAUAAACCCCCCCUCGGAAAAAAGCAUCAAUGAAAACCCCUCAAGCAACCGGUGACGAGUGCUAAUCACACGAAUGUUUGUACAAGCGCGCAAGGAAAACACUUUUCUCCGGAGAAUAGAAGAAGAGACAACAAAACUCGAAGCCUCCGAAGCCCGUAGCUGCUGCUGCACCGUGGUGAGACCGUGAAACGUCGUGCCGAGAAAAUAUCGAUUUUAUGUUUUGAGACAACAAAUCAGCUGAUAACUAACUGUGUGCAUCGUCUGAGAGGAGAUCGGAACGGGCGGACGCGUGGGCGUGAAGAUACAACGUAUGAGCAUUUAGACACUAUGGAACGCGACGUUUGAAAAGCACAACCCUAAAUAAUGGACAUCUAAAAUGGUGGCCUGUUGCUUGCUUCCCCGGAGAUAAAGACAACUGCAGCAUAUUUUUUCGUUUCCUGUUUGCUAUUUUCUCGCAACGAUCAAUCAACUACAUAUCUCAAAGAUGGCAAUCAACUUUUCCGCAUCAUUUGCUGCCUGUCUUGCUGCGGGUCUCAAGGUACCGCGCCAGAUUAUGUACUGUAUAUCGCAGGAUACACCCUACGUACUCUACAAGGAUUCACAGGAAGCAGUUGAACGCACAGCUGCACUCGGCGGCCAAUGGGGUGGUGAAAUGUAUCCGGCAUUGCAACAAAAUGCACACAUUCCGCCACAGCAUAACGGUUCUCAUCAAAUCGCUGCGCCUCAUCCACAACAACAGCAGCAGCAACAACAAGCCGCUCAUCAACCCCAGCAUCAAACCCCGAACAGCCCGCCAAACCAAAACCAAGACAACCACCGACCCCAGCAACCGGGUGAACAAGCCAACGGCCAGCUACACAGCCCAGCAACCAGUCCCUACCCGCAAAACCACGGCCCAGAGAUGGACGAAGCGAUAAUCAAGGCUCAAAACAUGCAACAAAACGUCCAUACGCAAAAUGGGCAAGUGAAUCAGGUGCAAUCAAAUGGACAAACUACUUCACCUUCCCAAAACAUCGAACAUGCAAACCAGCAUCCAGCUCAAAACGGACCAACCCAACCUAGCCAACCUUCUCAACCGCAACAACCAUCCACCAACACGGGAGCUGGUCAACAACAACAUCAACAACCUCAGCAGCAGCAACAACAGUGCUUUCCGGAAUCCGGUCAGCCCGAACUAAGCUAUUAUGCCCAACGCCACCAUGGACCACAAGGUGCAAUGCUUCCACCACCAGCGUUCACUCCUCUACAUCAUUACCUGAACAAAUCGGGAGUCCUUACCGGGAUGCCCACCGGAAUGGAACAGGGACACCCCUUGGAGCAAUACGCAAUGCCAGAUCUCAUUCAUGGUGGGAACCAAGCCCACCAUGGCACCACCAACGGAGCGCACAAAUCGAAAGGGUCCGAUCUCAGACUGUUCAAGUGUCUCACCUGCGGGAAAGACUUCAAGCAAAAGAGCACCUUGCUCCAGCACGAACGAAUCCACACCGAUUCGCGCCCGUACGGCUGCCCCGCCGUCGAGUGUGGCAAACGUUUCCGGCAGCAGUCGCACCUCACCCAACAUCUUCGCAUUCACGCCAACGAGAAACCGUUCGUGUGCCCAUUCUGCCAGCGGGCAUUCCGACAACGGGCCAUUUUAAAUCAACACAUCCGAAUUCACUCAGGUGAUAAACCGUUCGGGUGUCCGUAUCCGGAAUGUGGCAAAAAAUUCCGCCAAAAGGCCAUUUUGAAUCAGCACGUGCGCACCCACCAAGACGUUUCUCCUCAUUUAAUAUUCAAAAAUGGGCCACAUGCCACCCUGUGGCCUCAGGACGUACCGUACCCACCGGAACAGGAAGGCCAACCAAAGGACGAACAAACGUUCGGCGACGAAGCAUCCCAAGGAACUCCCGAGUCCCGGGCGUGUUUCUCGCCAGAAGGAAGCAUGCAAUACCCCUCGUACUUCAAAGACACCAAGGGUGUCAACCACUCAAUCUUCGGCAACAACAUACCGUACCUUGGUGGCAAACCGGUCAACGGAACCAAACCGAUGCUACCGGAUGUGAUCCAGCACGGACGUUCGGCCGGUAUGCCGCUGUACGUGCGUUGUCCCAUUUGCCAGAAGGAGUUCAAACAGAAGAGCACCCUACUGCAGCACGGUUGCAUUCACAUCGAGUCGCGACCGUAUCCGUGUCCGGAAUGCGGUAAGCGGUUCCGGCAGCAGUCGCAUCUGACGCAGCACUUGAGAAUACAUACCAACGAGAAACCCUUUGGCUGUCCGUACUGUCCACGGUUCUUCCGGCAGCGAACGAUACUGAAUCAGCACAUCCGAAUUCACACCGGAGAAAAACCUUACAAAUGCGCGCAAUGUGGCAAGGACUUCCGACAGAAGGCCAUCCUGGACCAGCACACAAGAACACACCAGGGCGAUCGUCCAUUCUGCUGUCCAAUGCCAAACUGUCGGCGGCGAUUCGCAACGGAACAGGAAGUCAAGAAACAUAUCGAUAACCAUAUGAAUCCACAUUCAUCUAAAUCCCGCAAAAUGGCAGCACUGAAUAAUAAUAAUAACAACAACAACAAUAAUAAUAAUAAUAACAAUAACAAUACAAAUAAUAAUAACAAUAACAACAACAAUGUCAUCUUGGAGCAAAAAGUGUCGCCUACUUUCCUGAUGGACAAGGAAACCAAUCUUAUCCAUCGGAUGGGACCAGUCAAGCACGAACUGUACUUCCCGCAGUGUUAUGGAGCUGCCUUUAACCAGCCGUUUGUGACCGGAACGGCGGUAGUGACGGCAAACCCACCAACCACGGUCCAUGGCAACACUGCUGGUGCUAGUGUUCCGCCAACAACGGCAGUUAAUCCGAACGCGCAACAAACGCAUACAACGGCCACCGUGACGGCUGUUCCGGCUUCGGUUGCCGCCGUCAUUACGGCUCCUCCGCCACAGCAGGCCAUCGUGGCUCAGUGACACCCGAUAGGUGAACAGCAGGUGCCGGGUUCGAUACCGAUACCGUCGGUACCACCCGGUCCAGCGGGGCCACCUGCCCUGAUAGCAAUCCAUCAUUGAGUGGGUUGCGUGCGGGAAGCAAAUUUUGUUGUCUGACAUAAAUUCAAGUGACAUUGGUGUCAUGACGAUAUCAACUUCUUACCAUCCAAUUGUAUUUCAAAAACAAAAAAUGAUCGAUCGGCUCUGUGCAAUCAUCGAAUAACCAAGAGGGUAAUAAUUUGGUUGAACAAAAAAAAACACUUAUAUAUGUGUAGCGGUUACGGAAUUAAUGGUUCUCUAUUUGCACAUACCUACUUCUUUGUCAAUUUUUUUUUUUAAAUUUCGGUCUAUUUAAAUGUUAUAUUG